UGAAGAUGAUGAUGUCGUAAGACGCUGAAAAUAUGUGGAACGUUAAAAUGCAAACACUUGUCGGAGGAGAAUGCGCCGAAGACGGGCAGUCAAAAACCAAAACCAUUGUCUGCGGACAAAACGUUCCCGUUUGCCAUUUCUCCAUCCUUCUUCACCUGCUCUUCUUCCUGACUAGCCCUGCUCUUUCCAUCCACAUAGACCAUAUAGAAAGCCACAGUGAGUUCAGCUGUGAGCCCAUCAGACUGAGAAUGUGCCAGGACCUGCCUUACAACACCACCUUCAUGCCCAAUCUUCUGAAUCACUACGACCAGCAAACAGCUGCACUGGCCAUGGAGCCUUUUCAUCCUAUGGUAAACCUCAUGUGCAGCGCUGACUUGAGGAUGUUCCUAUGUGCGCUGUAUGCUCCAGUGUGCACAGAGUAUGGCCGUAUGUCCAUGCCAUGUCGAUCCAUCUGCCAGAGAGCCAAGGAUGAGUGCCACAAACUCAUGGAGAUAUUUGGAGUAGCUUGGCCAGAUGACAUGGAGUGCAGCAGGUUCCCAGAUUGUGACGGAGCCUAUCCUCGCCCAGAGGACCUGCUGACGGGCUCUGAACUCCAUCCUCAUCCAGGGGACCCGCUAACAGGUUCAGAACCCACUGACCAGUCAUCCAUGACUGUCCAGAGGGAUUAUGGUUUCUGGUGCCCCAGAGAGCUCAAGGUUGACCCAGACCUGGGUUACACCUUUAUGGGGAGGAAGGACUGUUCCGCUCCCUGCCCCUCCAUGUUCUUCAACCAGCAGGAGCUGACCUUCACCCGAUACUUCAUCGGAGUCAUCGCCAUCGUGUGCCUGUCUGCAACGCUCUUCACAUUCCUGACUUUCCUCAUUGAUGUUACGAGGUUUCGAUAUCCUGAGCGGCCAAUCAUCUUCUACGCUGUGUGUUACGUCAUGGUGUCUCUGGGCUUCUUCCUUGGUUUCCUUCUGGAGGACAGAGUAGCAUGCAAUGCGGUGAUCCCUGCACAGUUCAGAGCUUCUACCAUCACACAGGGCUCUCAUAACAAGGCGUGCACGCUUUUCUUCAUGGUGCUGUAUUUCUUUACCAUGGCUGGCAGCGUGUGGUGGGUCAUACUGACAAUCACUUGGUUCCUGGCCGCUGUGCCUAAAUGGGGCAGCGAGGCCAUUGAGAAGAAAGCCCUCCUCUUCCAUGCUGUUGCCUGGGGCCUCCCAGGGGCCCUGACUGUCACCCUGUUGGCCUUGAAUAAAAUAGAAGGAGACGGGAUCAGUGGAGUGUGUUUCAUAGGCCUGUAUGACAUCGAUGCCCUGCGGUGGUUUGUUCUGGCACCACUCUGCCUCAAUGUGGCGGUUGGCGUCUCCCUGCUUUUAGUGGGAAUUAUUGCUCUAAAUCAAGUACGCAUGGAGAUUCCUCUGGAGAAAGAAAACCAGGCCAAACUGGUCAAGUUCAUGAUUCGAAUGGGAGUAUUCUCUGUGCUCUAUCUCGUCCCGCUGACGACUGUGAUUGGUUGUUACAUCUAUGAACACACCUACAGGAAGAUCUGGGAAACAACAUGGAUGGAAGAGAACUGCAAGCGUUUCCACAUCCCUUGUCCAUACAAGGUUAAGCAGAGUGGUAAACCAGCCAUGGUUUUGUUCCUAAUUAAAUACCUGAUGAUGUUGGUGGUGGGGAUUCCCUCUGUUUUCUGGGUGGGUAGUAAGAAGACCUGCUUUGAAUGGGCCAGCUUCCUGCAUGGACGCAGACGCAAAAAUGGUGUGAAUGAGUCCCGACAGGUGCUGCAAGAACAACCAGACUUUGCCCAGUCUCUGCUGCGUGAACCAAACACCCCCGUCAUUAGGAAAUCCAGAGGGACUUCCACUCAGGGCACCUCCACACAUGCCUCCUCCACUCAUUUGGCAGCUCUAGAUGACCUUGACGAUACACUAAGAGGUCACCUUGGACACGUUGCAUCAACCAGAAGCAAACCCAGCAGCGUCCACAGCAAGGCUAGCUACCACGGCAGCCUGCGACGCACUCGAGAUGACAGAAGCGAUUCGAUAGCUUACCGAGGUGCACAGGAGCACAGUUUCCAUGGCAGCAUGUCUCGUCUUGACCACCCGCUCUCCACUCACAGCAGCCUGCAUCAGAUAGACAGCCACUCGAGGCGCAGCAGCCAGCGGGACGUUUCUGAGGCACCGCAUACGCUCAUCACCCACGGAGCCUCAGCAAGUGAGAGCCGGGCUGCUGAAAAUGAUGGAACCAGCGCCUGAGGGGUCCCCAGGUUCACAGAAAAAUGCUGAAAUCAAGCUGCUGAAUAUUGAUCCUCAGCAGAAACGACAAUGUUCAGUGUUGAAUUUUCUAAAAAGAAUGU